UUGAUUGUUUUUGAAUCUGCACAAAGCAAUAUAAAUAUCGAAUUUGGAAUAAAAUGUAUUUCGUUAUAUAUUUUUUCAAUUAAGAUAAAUUAAAAAAUGGCAGUUAAGGCUAUAUUCAGUUAUAUUUGCUACACUUUCCUACUUAGUUUAGCAGCCAGAAUAAAUGCAAUUUUCCCAAUAGAAAUUGAAACAAGUUUGCUCAACUUGAGGCUUUUCCUUAAUAAAAAUUCUAGUGACUUUAACGUUUUGAAAAAAAGUAUAAAAGAAAUUCAUGAGACAUUGCCGAAAAAAUCUAAUGGAGAAUUAGACAAUAAUUUUAAUGUGAAUACAGAUAUUUUUAAGAAUUGGCAAACUUUAACUCAAGAAAUAUUUAAACAUGCUGCUGAUGAAACCGGUCAAAAUAUUAAUAUUGAUAGUUUUAUAAAUAAUCUAAAUUAUACAUCCAAAAAGAAAAAUCAACUACAAUCCGAGAUCAGAAUUAAAUAUAAUGGUUCUAGCGGGUUUUUAAGUUGGACAGACUUUAAUAAUUUUGUAACUAGUUAUUCGUCGUUUCAUUUAUAUAAAAGCUUUACAACAAGUACUUCUUUUGAUAGCAUUAUUGAUUUAAAAAAUUAUAACAUAAUACAAGAUGACAAAUAGCCUUCCAAGAAGUGACUCUGAGUUCAGCAAAAUAACUUAUAUUCUUUAGAAGUUAUUAUGAAAGUACUAAGUUAUUAAAUGAAAUAUUUAUGUUUGUAAAAUUUUAAUAUAUAAUUUUCUGUUCAGGUUUAUACUCUUUUUUAUUUUAAAUUGUUAACAAAUUUAGUGUUUGCUAUUAUUAAAUACAAUUAUAAAUAAAUUUGUUUUAAAUAUGUAAACAAUUUUUCAACCACAUUCAUUUUAUGUGAAGCAUGUGUUUAAAAAUAUUAUAAUAGGUUAAUAAAACUGCAAAUUAUGAAUUAUUAUUUUCGACAAAUUUGACUGAAUUUUUGAUUAAUAAAAGCAUUAAUUAAAACAUUUAAAAAAAUAAAUAGUAAGAAAUGUUU